CAUUUUUAAUACUCCUUUAAAUGAGCUUAUAACGUACGAUUUUUCAAACACAAAUUAACCCCAGAAAAAAAUAUGGAGGAAAACAGGGGUUUGAUUUUAUACGGGUGUACGUUGGCAAAAAACCUAGAAGAAAACCUACCAAAUUUGGCUAACCAACCUGAUUUUUUUCUUAGAUCAUGUGAUGAGAUUAUUAGAGUGUUUAGUAAUGUAAAAGAGAGAUUAUCCCGUGAAGUUGUUCCUCAGCCAUUUGAUGUAGGAAUUCAGGAAUGGUUAAGAAGUGGUACAGGAACAAAUACUGAAAAUCAGGCAAUGGAUUUGCUCAAGGCUCAAUCUAUUUUAGGCCACAGCAGCCAAUAUCAUGACGCCCACGGUUUUGAAUUCAUAGGCCAUCAAAUGGGUGGUGAAAGAGUUAUGGAAGGUGAUGCACAGGGGUUGAGGGCUGGUCGUGGACUGGAGAUUAAGCCGGUGGAUGCAUCGAAUCCCAGCCCGGAGACUUCUCCUUCUCAAAGACGCAGAAAAAGAAAGGAUGAAGCUGACAAAAUAGUGGAACGGGUACCUGCUCCUCAGAUGGGAAAUCUUGAUCUUCCACCGGAAGACGGUUUUACUUGGAGAAAAUAUGGUCAAAAGGAGAUUUUGGGAUGUAGACAUCCAAGGAGCUACUAUCGAUGCACCCAUCAAAGACUUUACCAAUGCCCGGCCAAGAAGCAAGUCCAACGGCUUAACGAUGAUUUCUACACAUUCGAGGUAACAUAUCGAGGCAAUCACACGUGUAACAUCUCCUCCACCACCCCAUUCGUGUCCGUACCAACACCUAUUGAACACGGGACAAUUCCACAAACCACCACCACCAUGCAGCCACCCUUAAGCCAUUGGUUGUCUAUGGAAAUAAAGCCACCGCCAGAAGUGGAGGCUGCACCCACCAGUUUCGAUACUCUAGCAUUUCAAUACCCUGGUGGUGCCGGGCCUAGUAGUAGUAGCAGUGUAGCUGCUGGUGGUAGUGGCAGUGCGGGUCCGUCUGGCCCGCAGUUUCCUGUCUACCAGCCGGUGUCUGAUUUGGCUGAUGCUAUUUUUAAUUCUGGUAGUAGCAGCAACAAUAGCAUGGAACUCAUCUUCUCUUCCAUUGAUGAGAAUUGGGAUACUCCAGGAGAAAAGAAAAACUAAUUGAUCAAAAAUUUUAGUAAUAAUUGCUUAUAGCAAAAUUUAUUAUUUUUAAAAUUUAGUUACUACAAUUGAGCUGAAAUUAGCCUUCUCAUAAUGAACCGAAAAAUUGUGUCCUACUUCACAGAUUUUUUAUAGAGUUGAUGGUCAAAUUUUGAUCAAAAUAGUGCCUCGAGAUUUGUUAUGUAUUGUAGUCUAUUGUA